AUGGCAAAUAGAAAAAAGACUAAAGAUAAUAAUGAAAACUAAUCUUUUUAAGUUGACAAUAAUGAAAAAAUGCCUAGUUUUAUGCAUUCUUUGUUUGAUUCUGAGGAAAAGAGUAUAAUUGCAGAAAAAUCUAAUGAAAUAAGCCAGAAGUCUGAAAAAAAAAAAGAAGAAAGAAUAUCAGCAAUUUAAGUAUAAAAAGCAAGGGAUAAGUUAUAAAAGAGGAAUAAACCAAUGUCAAAAGUAUUACAAGAGAUUAGAUAACUAUAAACAUCAAGUGUAUUAGUUUGCCGCCGAGCAGGAUUUUAAAGAUUUGUUAGGUAAAUAGGACUUAAAGUAUCUGAUUAACUUGGAUAUAAGGAUUUUAGAUAUUCAAGUAAAUCCUUAGAAUGUUUAUAAACAUUAACUGAAUAAUAUAUGGUUGAUUUAUUCGAAGAUUCAGUAUAAUGUACAUUUCAUGCAAAAAGAGUAACAUUAAUGGCAAAAGACUUAAACUUAACAGCUCGAAUAAGAGGAAUAGAGUAGCCAUUUCAUGAUAUAAAAAAUCUUAAACGAUGA